GUUUAACUGUGUUAUUUAUGUUUAACAUAUUAUAAUCAGAUUAACAUAAUAAGUACUAAAUAAAUGCCUGUAGGCAAAAUAUCCAGAUUACAAGGUUUCUUAAAAGAUAACAAGAUCAAUUCUAGUAGAUUGACAGUGCAAGAAAAGAGAUAGAUGCUGAUUUAAGUUAUUAAAGUUGUGUCUCCCCAUUUCAUGAUGUAUGAGCUUAAGGUAUCAAGGAGUUAAGUGCUAAGCUAAGCUUUCCUUAGUGUUGACACAUACCAUUACCUGUGUUUACCAACACUUUAAAUAAGCAGUUGUUUGGUCAUUUCAUUUUUAAAAUUCUGAUAAAUAUCUGUAAAGCCAAACGAGCCAAUUCUGCAAAUCAGAUUAGAAACAAAGCUAUUGGGUCAAAUUUCACUUUUUCACAAUUUGCCCUCCUUCCUUCCAUGCGUCACACUUUGUACCGGUUUAACAGUUUAGAGCUUUUGUUAAUCUUCUAGUGACUGAUCCCCUUCCAAUGACCUUAACUAUAAAAAUGGUAGUAACUCUGUUGAGCCUGAGCUGCCUUCAGUGGUACCACAGCGAGAUGUUGAACAUCAGUGAGGAGCUGCUCCAGCCCCAUCAGGGCGACCGUGUUCUGCAGCCACUCUGGAAUUAUUUGCUUUUCCAACAUCUGCCUCUCAUCUCUUCUCCAUUUUUCCCUGUCCUGCUCGCCGCCUCCUGCUAUUUCCUCUGCAGCAUACCUUUUGCUGCACUGGACCUCUUGGGAGAAAGAGUGCCUUUGUUCUAUCAGUACAAGAUCCAAGCAGGCAGGCAGCCAACAGUGAGAAUGAUGCUCAAGAGCUUAAUGACAGCACUUUAUAACCACAUAUUCUUUGUUCUGCCCGCUGUAAUAAUGACCAUGUGCAUACUGCCUGCACCAAUACUGCCCCAGGAUGCUCCUAACCUGUAUGAGGUAUUCAUUGACGGACUGGCAAUACUUCUCCUUUUUGACACACAGUACUACAUUUGGCAUUUCGUACAUCACAAGCAUCCCCAGCUUUACAGGUGGAUUCAUUCAGUCCACCAUGAAUACAUGGUGCCUUUCUCAUGGUCCACUGAGCACCUUAGCCCCACAGAACUGAUGACAAUCGGACUCUGGAGCAACCAGGACCCCCUUAUUCUGAAAUGCCACCCAUUGACCGCAUGGUGUGUCACAGUUUUCAGUAUCUGGAUGUCUGUGGAGGACCACAUAGGCUAUGACCUGCCAUGGAGUCUCAACCACCUCGUGCCUUUUGGUCUGCUGGGGGGGGCACCGGCUCACGACAUGCACCACCAGAAGCCGAACAGCAACUACGCUCCUUUCUUCAGCCACUGGGACAGACUCUUUGGCACCGCUGUUGCUUUGGAGAAAAAGACUCUGUAA